UCCUCCUGCUCCUCCUCCUCCACCACCGCCACCGCCAAGCGAGUUUGACUGUGUUAACUGAGGAGUGAUGGCUGCGUUUGACGGGCGCUUCACUUCCUGUCAUCUGAAGGAAGAGUAAAGUAGAAGCAGAGGAGAGGACCAGUGUGGGACAGACGAGGACUCCGUGACGAUCGGAGACUGUUGCUCCGUCUGUGUUGGAUUCACACCAAGAUCUUUUAUUUUGCCGAUCUCUCAGACAACAGCGUCAUGGAUGAACGAUGAAUCUCCACCUGCCGGCUGACCGUGUGAGUGAUUAUGCUGCAAUGGAGGAUGUUUCCCAGCGGACCCAGUGACUCCCACCGCCGCCUAUGCCUCCUGCUGAAUGUGGAAAUCCUAGGAUGGAAGACCCACCACGUGCUGCUCUGAGGCACUGGAACAACACGCUGAACCUCCACAUCCUCAGUCAUCUUGUCUCCUCCACACACACUGCCACAACCGGCUGCUUCACCACCAUCGCCCACCAGAGAGGGACCACUGCCACGGGGUGACAAGAUUCCAGGAUGUUUUUGAAAUUCCGCCGAGUACGAAGAUGCCAGUGUGUGCAGCUGAUGACCACCUGCCUGGUUUUGUCAGUGGUGAUGGUUUGCUGGGAACAGUUGGACAAUAAUGUCGUCAGCCACGUCAAGUCCUACUCCUACCGCUACCUGGUCAACCGCUUCAUCUACAUCAACAAGAGCCUCACCAUCCCACGCGAGCAGGCGAGAAGCUUCAGCAACUUCCACUACCUGCUGGACCACCCGGAUAAAUGUGCCAAACAGGACGUCCUCCUCCUCCUAUUUGUUAAGACGUCCCCAGAGAACAUUGAAAGGCGAAACGCCAUCAGAUCCACCUGGGGUAAUGAGACUUACAUCCACAGCAGCCUGGGCGUGACAGUCAAAGUGGUGUUCGCCUUAGGAGCGCCUCAGACCAAGAAGGAGGAGCCGUCGUGGAGUAAGAGGAGCGGGGUGGGCUUCCAGGAGCAUCUCAUCCACGAGGACCGUCUCUAUGGUGAUUUGAUCCAACAAGACUUCUUAGACUCCUUCCACAACCUGACCCUGAAGCUGAUCCUACAGUUCCACUGGAUGCACAGCCGCUGCGCACACGCCCGCUUUCUCAUGACCGCUGAUGACGACAUCUUCGUCCACAUGCCCAACCUGGUGAGCUACCUGCAGGACAUGAGCAGCAGGGGCGUCACACACUUCUGGGUUGGUCGAGUGCACAGAGGGGCGCCGCCCAUCCGGAGCAAAGACAGCAAGUACUACGUGCCCUUUGAGAUGUACCAGUGGUUGUCGUACCCCGACUACACAGCUGGGGCCGGGUACGUCGUCUCCAGCGACGUAGCGGACAAAGUCUAUCAAGCCACGCUGACCCUGAACGCCUCUCUUUACAUAGAUGAUGUGUUCAUGGGCAUCUGCGCCAACGCCAUUGGUGUAACCCCACAUGAGCACGUCUAUUUCUCAGGGGAGGGCAAAGCACCCUACCACCUGUGUAUCUAUGACCAGAUGAUGACCUCACAUGGUCACGUGGAGGAUAUCUAUGACCUCUGGAAGGCGGCGACGGACCCGCAGGUGAAACAGUGGACCUCUGGACUCAUGGGCAGGCUCUACUGUACGGCUGUGAAGAUGACUCUGCUUUGUAAACCUUACUAUUUCAACACAUACCCCUGCAAAGCAGCCUUUUUGUAGUAUUAUUCAGGUUUGAGUGUGUGUCAGUGUGUGACAGAGAGAGAAAGUGUAUGUCAUACUGUGAUCAUAAUGAAAUGAGGAUCAUUGCUGCGAAUAUUACCUCAGUCCUUUUAACUGGACACCCAUGUCUGUCAAAAGACUGGAGAAUGUGUUCUGUGUUGCAAGAGGCAAAGAGAUCACAUGAAGUAUCUCUGUUACUGUUAGCAUGACAUCACAAAGACAAAAAGGUAAAGAAGUCUGGGUUUCUAAAUGAUGGCACGAAAAAAUAGACAACACAUUUGGGUGAUGUUAGUCAAUGUGUUUAAAAAAAAAAAAAAAAAAAAAAAAAAACAGGCCAGUGUUUGAUCUAAAAAUGUCUCUGUGUCAUGAUGUGCAAGAUUCCUCAGUGAAGUAGGGUAGACGUGCAACUGCAAAGACUUAACAAACAUCUCCUGUGCAGUAAUGAUGAGCAACAAAGUGUGGGCUCGAAAUUGAGAAUUUUGUUACAAGAUUUUUUUUUUGUGAUUACAUUUGAGAAGAAUGUUUUUUAAUGAAAUAAAAUCUACACUUUGUUGUUAGUUUUCAAAUAUUUUCAAAGUACUUUAUUAUAACUAGUAGUAGUAGUAGUAGUAAUAGCGAUAGUGAUCAAUCAUGUCAGUUUGUUGGCCAGGGAACAUGAGCUCAGGAAACAUCUAUAGUAUUAGGAUAUACUGGAAAAGUUGAAGGUUUCACUGACAGCUUAUUACGUAUUAUGACCCAGAUAUAUAAGGCACUUUUGUCACUGAAGUUAAUUCUAUCAACAGUUUUAGAAAAUAGUCAAACAUGCAGGCAACAAAAUGAUGUGAAAAACAUCAAGUUCUCCCACAGUUGUGUUGAUUUGUGCUUGGACGGCACAUUUCCAUUCUGUUUCUAAGAGUACAUGUCUUUAUGGAUUACACGUGACAGCCGUUGUCCUAGUGGUAUUUGUGCUCAGUAGAGUGGGAAAGAUUAUUUUUCCCCCUUCCCUUUCUGUAAAGAGUUUGUUCCCACGUACCAAAGGAGCAUUACCCACAGAAACAAGCAGAGAAGAGGCCUGAAAGUUCUGUAAAGAUUUCCCUUAAAGGAAAAGUUUAAAUUAAGGGGAAAUUGUGUAUUUUCUUGCUGAGGAUCAAUACCAGUCUGACUAUCAUAAAAAGCUUUUCCAAAAUGUCAUUAAAUUUCUAAAAGGUCAA